GGUGCGUGAAAGAGGCCACAGAAGGUUUACACAGGGCGUCCUUCGGGCACAACUCUUGUUGUUACACUCGGCUUCACAAGGGCGCCGCACUCGCGCGAAUCAUGCUCGAAGUGUUUCUCUUGAGCUUGAUCGUCGUCUUCGCAACAUGGUUCUUCAUACAACGCAGGAGGCGGUUUUCCUUCUUUAAAGACCUCGGAAUUCCAGGUCCCCCACCAAGUUUUCUUUCCGGAAACUUGUCCGAACUUAUCCAAAAGGGAACACUGGAGAAAUACAAGGAAUGGCUGGACAAAUAUGGAGACAUUGUUGGUUUUUACAACGGUGCCCACCCAUUUCUUAUUGUGAAAGACCCGGAACUAAUCAAGAAGAUCCAAAUAAAGGAUUUCCAUAAUUUUCAUGGCCGUGGGGUGUCGUCUGGCUUCGCCAGAACUCAUCCAAUCAACAAAGAAAGCAUGAUCAAUGCUCAGGGAGAGCGCUGGAAGAAGAUGCGCAGUCUCCUGACACCCGCGUUUACGACGAGCAACAUGAAGAAGAUGGCGAGCCUAAUGGACGACAGCUCCAACGAGUUUCUUCAAGUCAUCGAAUCCCUGAGGAAGAAUUACGAAGCUCUCGAGUUCCGCGAUCUCUUCCAGAGACUCACCGCAGACGUCAUCAUUCGAUCGGCGUUCGGUCUCAAAUCCGACCUGCAGCAAAAGGACCGAAUGAAGAGCACAACAGAGUCACUGUAUCGGGAAACGUUGGAUAGCUUGCAACAAUUUCGCCGGGCGUGGAUAAAUUUCCUGACUGCUUGCUUUCCGGAGUUUAAUCCUUUGUGGAGGCUGAUCAUAUCAUUCGGUUCACGACAUAACAAGACGGCGGCAGACAAGUGUUUUGACGAGAUCACUUCCAUCAUACAGUUUCGUCGUGAAAACCGUGAG